CCCUGGCUGGUAAACAAAUACGAGUACGAUUUGACCAGUUUCUCGCGUAAAGAGUCGAGAAACUCAAUUCAGAGUAUUGGAAAUUUGAUAAACAGAAUGGAGGGUGGCGAAUUUAACGCGUUUCUCCUUUCUAUAUCGGAUCGAUUCAGGGCGGGAGACCUCGAGAGAAUGAAAUUUCUCCUCAAGGCACACUUACCUGAAAGAACAUUGGAAAACUUGCAGAUGCCAUUUCAACUCUUCGGUCAAAUGAUGAACGCUAGGUUACUAUCCCCUAACAAUCUUCAUUUUUUGGCUUCCUGGCUAGAGUCGGCUGGUCGAAUCGAUCUUAGCGAAGAGGUGAGGCAACACGAAUCAAGGAUAUCGUUGGCAACAGAAGUUCCUGGAGAACAAGGAUCAUCUGAUAAUGCAAAUAGUUUCGUGGGGGCUCUUCCUUGCAAGCCAUCUCAUUUCUACGGAAGAGAUGAAACAAUGAAUGAGAUAGUCAGAGUUCUCAGUGAAGGCAACGGCAAACGACUUGUAGUCAUAACCGGUUUACCAGGUUAUGGCAAAUCCUGUUUGGCGCAAAGAAUCGGUCAUACGAUGAUGGAGAAGGGUUUCCAAGUUAUCUUUCUUUGUUUACGACAAAUCCGAUCUGUCGGUAAAAUGUCCGCAAGGAUUCUACGCGCCUUAAAAGCAAAUGUUGGUCAUGGACUGAUGAACAACCCACGUGAGCUGGCACUGUCGCAUUUAAAAUCUCUAACCACGAGGACAACGCUUAUCCUCGAUAACGCUGAAGAUCUCAUUUGUGACCAAGACUCGAAGGAGGAGUUUUACAGUUUUGUGAACCAUGUCGCUCAGUUUGCAGGCCAUGUGAAAUGUGUCAUUACCUCAAGAGUGGAUUGUCCUGCCUCGUGUCAAACCCCGCGUCACUCAGUAAAACUACUCGUUAUUGAAAACGACGCCGCCGCAAAAUUGCUUCAAGAAAGGGUUCAAGACAAUGGCUGUUUUCUUGAGGACCAGCAAGCUAAGACUAUAGCACAACUUUGCUUUAAGGUUCCCCUGAUCUUGCACGCAGCCGCUGCAUAUUUAGAAUUCUUUACCCCAGAGACACUGAUUCAAAGUUUGGAAAGUCAUUUUGGGGCCCUAGACGUGGCAAACAUGAAGGAACUGUCGCCAGAGCUGCAAAUGAGGGGCCUUCUCAGUGAAUGCUUACAGCAGCUUGGCGCCGAUUUCGAGGAGGAUCUGUUUUCCUUAUCUGUAUUCCCGGCUGCUUUUAGUUUAGAACAAGCGCAGAGAGUAUGCUGCUCAAAAUCAAGGCUUUUAACCGCUUUACUUCAACUGGUGAAGAGUUCUCUUGUCCACAGAGAGUUGGAUUCUAACCAAUACUUCGUCCAUCAAGUGAUUCAGCUAUGCUGCGAAGAAAAGGCUAAGACAGACAAACGAUUGGGCGCGUGUUACAGUCAAGCGCAAGCAAGAUUUGUAGAGUAUUAUCUAACCCUAAUUACACAGCUGCACCAGGGAUUUUUGUGCAAAGGCGACUUGAAGAAAUCGCUUUGUUCUUUCUGGGCAGAGGAGGAAAACAUUGUUCAAGCAAUUUGGUGCGCGGCAGCGAGUGUGGGAACAGCGCUCCCUACACGUUGCGCGAAGAUUCUAAACGAAGCGGUCAUCUUCCUGGCUAAAGUCAUGAAGAUGGCUCAAUUUGAACAAAUCUACGGAGUCGUUCUUGGCGCAACCAAAGGAGACUUGCGACUUGUUGCUGAUUGUCUUACGUGUGUUGGCAUAAAACAAAUCUACAGCUGUGAAUGCCAUCGGUCCUGCAGUGUGGUAACAGAGAGAGCCUACAGAGUCUUGACAAGAGCCCUAGAAAUCUACGAACAGCUUAACUUGACAGAGGGAGAGCUUGUUGCACAGUGCUACAGCAAGAUCGGACGCUGCAUGGCCAAGAAUGGAAAUCCUUCAAGAGCUCUAGAACUGAGCGACAAAGCUCUCGAAAUCCGAGAAAAGAAGAGACACGAGGAACCAUUGAAGUAUGCAGCUUGUUGCAACGACAGAGCAGUUAUUCAAAGCAGCCUAAAUAACCACCUUGAUGCCCUAACUCUCAGGGAACAAGCCCUUGGUGCCUACCUUGAACAACUAGGUCAUCAUCCAUUCACCGGAACCCUCUACAACUAUUUAGGCAACGAUUGCCUUGCGCUGGAGAACUUCGAAAAGGCGGUUGAAUAUUUCACCGAGGCCCUCAGUAUCAGAAAGAUGUUUUUUGGUUUUUACCACCAAGAAACUGCCCGAACGUAUCACGAUUUGGGUGUUGCUUUCAAGAUGAAGGGAGAUUAUGCGAGAGCCAUGGAGCAGCUGAACGCGGCAAUUGCGAUCCAGGAAAAGCUGUGUGAUGUACCCCACGAGAAAUUCAAAUCCCUUCAAGUGAAGAGGGAGAUCUACUCAUGUCUGAAUUUAACCGACUCAAGCGCUCAGGAGCUACAAGAGAAAUUGCGACAGAGCCAGGAGGAGAUGGCUCGAGAGAAAAAAGUCAACAACGUAAGACUGGAGAAAAUUAUGGACAUGGCCAACAAUAACGGGGCAGAGUUUAGCACCUACUAGGUGAACGACCAUAUUACUUUAGACGUAUCAGGUAGCAAGAUAAGUAUAACAUGAAAAAUACAGUCGUAUUGUAACUGGCCCUGCCCGAAAUGUGGGGUGUAUUUGUUACUUUGAGUACCACUAUCAGCAAAAUAAGUAAAAUCGAAAAAAAAAAAAAAAAAUCUGGCGACUUAAUAUAUAUAUAUGUAUUUUAAAAGACGUUCUAGUGUGUAGUAUGACUGAUUAUUAUCCAACUGCAUGUGCUUCGAAGAGUACAAAUAACGCCCAAGACGAGUACAAAUAUCUCGCGGUAUUUGUAUUCCAGAAAUACUGUAUUUAAUCUCUUAGAAAACGUUUCGUUGCGUAGUAUCGCUGAGUAUUUUUACGGGUUGUGGAUAAUACCUUAAGCAACCAUGACGGCUACGGCAACGAGGACAGAACAAUAGCUCAGCACGUGCGUUUUGAAACUUUUUACAUUU